GCCCUCGUAAAUAUAAGCAGCGAAAACGUCCGAAAGCGUAGCGAUUCUGAACUCCCCUCGCGUCUCCGGCGGCAAUGGCGGCGCCGUCGCCGCCGCCCUCCUCCUCCUCGCGUGCGCCCCCCGAGGUGCCCAUGGAGCUGCACGCCGGCAACCGCGACCGCCUCGUCGACGCGCUCCGCGCCCACCUCUCCCCCUCCGGCCGGCCCCUCCACGGCCUCGUCCUCCUCCAGGGCGGGGAGGAGCAGACGCGGUACUGCACCGAUCACCUCGAGCUCUUCAGGCAGGAGAGCUACUUUGCUUAUCUCUUCGGAGUGCGAGAGCCAGGAUUCUAUGGCGCAGUCGACAUUGUCUCUGGAGAGUCGAUUUUAUUCGCUCCAAGGUUGCCAGCUGACUAUGCUGUGUGGAUGGGUGAAAUUAAGCCAUUGCCUUAUUUUAAGGAUAGAUACAAGGUCAACAUGGUGUUCUAUGUUGAUGAGAUUGCACAAGUUUUGCAGGAUCGUUUCAGUGGUCAUGGAAAGCCACUUCUGUUUGUCUUAUACGGAAAGAAUACAGACAGUGGAAAUUAUUCAAAGCCUGCUAGUUUUGAGGGAAUGGAGAAAUUUGAUUCUGAUUUAAGCACGCUUCACCCUAUUUUAACUGAAUGCCGUGUUAUCAAAUCUGACAUGGAGCUUGACCUUAUUCAGUAUGCUAAUGAUGUGAGCUCUGAAGCUCACAUUGAGGUCAUGAGACGAGCAAGACCAGGCAUGAAGGAAUACCAGUUAGAAAGCAUCUUUCUUCAUCAUGCUUAUAUGUAUGGAGGCUGUCGACAUUGCUCUUAUACAUGUAUAUGUGCUACUGGAGAGAAUAGUUCUGUUCUUCAUUAUGGACAUGCUGCUGCACCAAAUGACCGGACCCUGAAUGAUGGAGACAUGGCAUUAAUGGACAUGGGAGCUGAAUACAAUUACUAUGGAUCUGAUAUAACAUGCUCAUACCCUAUAAAUGGGAAAUUCAACAGGAACCAGGCAAUAGUAUACAAUGCUGUCCUUAAGGCUCAUAAUGCUGUCAUAGCACACAUGAGGCCUGGAGUAAAUUGGAUGGAUAUGCACAAACUUGCAGAGCAGACUAUACUUGAGUCUCUUAAGAAUGAAGGAAUUGUCCAUGGGGAUGUCACUGAUAUGAUGGCUCAAAGGUUGGGUGCUGUUUUCAUGCCUCAUGGUCUUGGACACUUGCUUGGUAUUGACACGCAUGAUCCUGGGGGCUAUCCUGAGGGCUUAGAGAGGCCAAAAGAGCCAGGGCUGAGCUCCUUGCGAACCACCAGAGAACUUAAAGAAGGCAUGGUUAUUACAGUUGAGCCAGGCUGCUACUUCAUUGAUGCUUUGCUGAUACCAGCCAGGGAUGAUCCAGUUUCCUCGAAGUUCUUCAACUGGGACGAGAUCGAAAAGUACAAAAGCUUUGGUGGUGUUCGCAUUGAGAGUGACGUGUAUGUGACUGCGCAUGGAUGCAAGAACCUGACGAACUGCCCCCGAGAGACCUGGGAAAUCGAAGCUGUAAUGGCUGGUGAGCCAUGGCCUCUGCGUUCUUCCACUGCACUGGCGACAAAUAAUGGCCUAUCCUAAGCUUCUUAGAAGCUAAGACCUUGCCUCAGUUUUCAGUGCUCCUCCUGUCCAAGCAGAUACCUACAUAUGAAGAUAAAAAUAGGUGAACCUCCCGGGGUUGUUGGUCUGAUGUUCAUCGGUCAUUUCAUAUGUUAAGCUGUAGGAUUUGUUGAAGACGGUCCCGUCAAAGGUACAAUAAAAGGGUCAGCUGGAGAAGAAAAAGAUGCUGUUCAAUUUGGCUCACAAUUAGUUGAAACGUCUCUGUUUCAUAACCAUCAACUCUAUUGGCAUGAGAACAGCAUGAGGUGCAUAAUCAUGCAACAUUUGUUUUUUUGCUGCAAUCACAGGACUAAUGUGGUAUGGCGAAAUCGUCUUGCUUCAUGCUACAAUCUAGUUAGUUUCUCCUUUAUUUAUGUUAUAUCUAUAAUUUUCGUC